AUGCAGAGUUUCCUGCAGCUGCUGAGGGGAAGCGGAGGUGCUGGCCUGCCCUUGGCCGAGCUGGUGACCCUCGCAGGCAGGCUGUGCCGGGAGGUACAGGACGACCCCGCCCAGGUGCAGCCCUUGGUCACGGCCGUGCUGGAGAGCCAGCUCCGCCUGUACCUCUUGGACAACGCGGACGUGGCCCAGGUGUGCGCCAGAGUGCUGGCCCAGCAGGAGCAGUACCGGGCUGCCUGCCAGCUGCUAGAGGGAUGCCGGGUGCCGGGUGGCAGCCUGAAGCUGGUGCAGCUCUGGAAUGACAUCCACUACCGUCUGGUCAUGAAGAGGCUCGGCGUGGCCACGCUGACCCCGGUGCAGAAGUUCCGGUGCAGGAAGAGGAACCCACCGCCCGCCUCUCUCUGCCCUGACGGCCUCAAGAACAGGAACUUCCCCAGAGAAGUUCGCCAGAAGCUGCAGGACUUUGCUUCGGGCGUGAGCACCAACCCCAGCAAGGCCGAGCGGGAGCACCUGGCCUCGGAGACGCGCUUGACCACGGAGCAGGUCUACAACUGGUUCGCCAAUUACCGGCGGCGCCAGAGGGCCCUUGUGCAGCGCGCGGCGCCAGCCCGGGACUCGGCGGAGGACCGCACCGCGAGGGAGGCCGUCCCGCGCCCCCCGCAGCCCACAGGCCAGCCCCACCUUGGCUCUGGGUGCGUGGACCGCCCUCAGUGGUCGGGACCUGAGGAAAGUGGGUCUGCACAGACCCAGGAGACCACCCAAGGACCGUGGGAGCCACUGGUCCUGACCCCAGACUUCUCUGGAGACGAGACCAUGCCAAAGUCACUGGCUCCCAGGUCUCUGCAGGGUGGUGAGAUGUACCAGGAGGGGCCUAGCCACGAUCCUGCCACUCUUCCUCCCGUCUGCCCUGGCCCUGGCCCUGGCCUCUGCCCUCUGGCUGCUGGCAGCGACACGCUGGACCCCUCUCUGGGUGCCCCCGAGUCGUGGCUGACGUCUCUUGCACUGGCAUCCUCCAAGGAAGUUUCCUUCCAGACCAGGCAACUGAUCCACAGUCACGGGCUGGACCUCACGAUGCGCGCUGCAGAUGCUCCUCUGGCUGUGUCCAUCGCCGCCCUUGGUGAGCCCAGCGCCACAGGAUUCGCUGACCCUCCCAGCAGCAACGCCCAGAGCGCAUACCUGGAGGAGGGUCCCGGUACCAGCGGUGGCCGAGUGGAACCACAGGCGAGCGGCUUCCUGGUGCCCCAGCCUCCGCUGCAGGCUCCCGAGUUCACCCUCACCCAGAGCACCCCGGAGCUGGCCCCGGCCCCGCCUGCCUUCCCUGGCCCCGAGUCGGCCAUGGAGCUGGGCCAGCCCAUGCCCUCCAGCCAGGUGCAGUGGCCCGAUGACCAGACCUCCAGCGACGCCUUCUGGGGAGCCAGGAUGCUCCUUGAGCUUUCAGGGGGCAGCCUGGGCUGA